AUGCACAGCCUGGCCACGGCCGCGCCUGUGCCAACAGCACUGGCUCAGGUUGACCGUGAAAAGAUCUACCAGUGGAUCAAUGAGCUGUCCAGCCCUGAAACACGGGAGAAUGCACUGCUGGAGUUGAGCAAGAAGCGUGAAUCUGUGCCUGACCUUGCCCCGAUGCUGUGGCACUCAUUUGGCACGAUUGCAGCGCUCCUUCAGGAAAUUGUAAAUAUUUACCCAUCGAUCAACCCUCCAACGUUGACAGCCCACCAGUCCAACAGAGUCUGCAAUGCUUUAGCUCUACUGCAGUGUGUUGCAUCACAUCCCGAAACAAGGUCAGCUUUUCUGGCAGCUCACAUCCCACUCUUCCUGUACCCCUUCUUGCACACUGUUAGCAAGACACGUCCGUUUGAGUAUCUGCGGCUCACGAGCCUUGGAGUGAUUGGGGCCUUGGUGAAAACUGAUGAGCAAGAAGUGAUAAAUUUCUUACUGACAACAGAAAUUAUCCCCUUGUGCUUACGCAUUAUGGAGUCUGGCAGUGAACUCUCCAAAACGGUUGCUACUUUUAUUCUUCAGAAAAUCCUGCUGGAUGACACAGGGCUGGCAUAUAUCUGUCAGACUUAUGAGCGGUUUUCCCAUGUUGCCAUGAUACUGGGUAAAAUGGUCCUGCAGCUCUCCAAGGAGCCGUCGGCACGACUUCUGAAACACGUCGUCCGCUGCUACCUUCGCCUUUCUGAUAAUCCCAGAUGUAGGGCACGUGAAGCUCUCAGGCAGUGCCUUCCUGACCAGCUGAAGGACACCACCUUCGCCCAGGUCCUGAAAGAUGACACCACCACAAAGCGCUGGCUGGCUCAGCUGGUCAAGAACCUGCAAGAGGGUCAAGUCACUGACCCACGGGGCAUUCCCCUUCCUCCCCAGUGACUGCUAGGGGAAGUGGGGGACCGGGGAAGAAACAGCUCAGGUUUACAAAGAACCAGGAACAGAUGACCUCUUCUGCAACAAACUGGGCACACCAGCUGGCUGCCAGCCUGUCAGACCAUCCCACCCAGCCAAAGGCCUGCUCUGUAGCAAUGCAGCAUGCCUCUGGGGAUUGCAACACCAGCAAGCGCUGAUACUACAGCUUAAAGAGGGAAAAAAAAAAAAGGAAAAAACAAGAGAAGAAAAUCAAUAAACCAAAUCUGUACAGAUCCCUGCAACCCCAGGGGGCAUGGCUGGCAUCUUCCCCACUGCCAGGGAGAGAGAGUGUGGGUGUCUGCUUUUCCAGGUGGUUAAGCCUCUGCCCAGGAGGUGUAUGGCAUGAGGUGUGCACGCCACAUCCCUCCAGUUCCCUGUCACUUCUUGUUUACACGUCUGUAGAUGAGUGAGAUGAAUAAAAGCCAAUCCAGUUUUAUCCCUUCAAGACUGCUACUGCAGGUAGCCCAGGGUCAGCUUGCUUUCCUUGCUCCUGGCUCUGCACCCAGCUGGCACAGCAAGCUUCCUUUCUGUUGGUGUGGAGGCAGUGGCUGGAGCUGGGCCACUAUAAUGCUUUCCCCAGAGGAGGGGUGAUGAACCCACACGUCAUCAGCUUGCUUCCCAAGGCAUUGGGGGAGAAGAAAACAGCAGGACUGUGGCUCUUGUGCUGUAAACAGUUCACUCCUGCAGCUAAACAGGGCUUUAUGUGUGCUGGCCUUGCCCCUAGCCCAGGUCUUGCCCUGUGGGGCCACAGCUGGCUUGCUGAACGACAUUCUGCAUUUGGAAACCUGUGUUGUGGGGGGUGCACAGGCCACUGACUGAUGAUCUUCUGCCACAGGACAGCUGGGAGUGACAUCUAUUGCAGACUCCAGGUAUGCCAGCUAGUGCUGCUGCCCCUCAGCCCUGGCCCCCCUCCCUUUCCCCCUUCUCCAGCUCAUCUCUGCCAGCUGAGUGUAUCCAUUUCAGCUUUCAAACCUGCCUUGGCGCCUGCCUCAGCCCCACUGCAAUUCAACUUGACCAGCAGCCACUUACCUGCAUUCCCUGUGCCAAGGGGUGAGCAUAGCCACUGUGGGCUGUCAGAAGCAGCCAAGGAGCUCCCAGGCUCUGCUGCAGUGGAGCCUACUCUGCCUGCUCUUGGCUGCAGGCAAGCCUGGGCAGGUUUCUCCCCCCUCCUCGACUAGCCCAUUUUGCUGAUCAUCUGCAGUGUCGUGCCAAUAGUGUCUUAAAUCCCAUGUCUGAAAUCCCUUCCCUCCUCCCCUUGCAGCCUUGUGUAACAGCGGCAGAACACGGUCUCUUCCGUGCCCUCGGGGUCCCCUUUUAUAACCAUUGCCUUUCCCCUCCCCUCUGCCCUGACCUUGACAGGGUGUAAAAAGGCUUCAGUUGGUUGGUUGGGUGGUGGUCGUGGUGUUUGUUUCGGGGUUUUUUUGUUGCUGUUGGGGGGAGUUGGUUUGUUUGUUUGUAAAUUCGGAUUAGUAAAUAAA